CAGAGACUGCGGACAGUACAGGAGAUGACCAGAGACUGCGGACACAGUACAGGGGAUGGCCAGAGACUGCGGACACAGUACAGGAAAUGGCCAGAGACUGCGGACACAGUACAGGGGAUGACCAGAGACUGCGGACACAGUACAGGAGAUGACCAGAGACUGCGGACACAGUACAGGGGAUGACCAGAGACUGCGGACACAGUACAGGGGAUGACCAGAGACUGCGGACAUACUACUGUAGAGCAGGGAGCACACUAUGGACACAUGCCAGGAAAGGGGAGGCGCUGUAAGGACAGGCCACACCCG